AUGCGUCUGUUGGUUUCUACAGACACAGAAUUUCUGCAGGGUUUUGGGCCCCAUCUACAGUUCCUAUUGAGUACAAUGGUAACAAGAGAAAGCAAGAAAAUAACUGGGCACCCCCUGGUGGACACAAAGAUAAAGAGCCUGUCAACCAGGCAUGGGCCAGAGAUACACACCACCCUGUUGGUCAUACAAGGUUCUUCAUCAACCCGACCUUGGCCCAUGCACUUCCACCCAAGGCGGUCAGUGGCAGUCUGGGGGGAUUGCAGUAAGACUCGCCCUAUGGUGCCAGUUCCAGGAAGCAGCCAUACUUCCCAUGAGGCACAGAGGUUCCUUCUUGAUCAUCCAUCUUGA